CAAGCUGUGCAUCUUUUGGACAACGCACAACAGCCUCUCGACUUGCAUUGUCUUGGUCAGCAUCCGUCUCAGCAAGUCUCGCAGGCACCAAGCUGGACUCAAAUCGGCACUGUUAUUGCAGACUUGCUUCCUCUUGUGCGGCUCAUUGCCGUCGCCGUCAAUUUGGCUCUAAGUCCGCAUAUCGUAAUUCUUUGAUCUUCAAGAUCUUGUGAUUUCCGCCGUCACGCCCAGUCUUGGCUCAGUCGUGCACUGAGACUCCAGCCAUGAGGGGAGAUACUCUUGCCCAGCGACACCCUCCCACUCCACCAACACUUGUGGGAGAUUUCCAAUCGGGUCUUCACCGGGUUGCGCAAUACAACGCAGAUCGCGGGUACCCCUACGAUGAGGCGAGCUAUGGCGUUCCCGGGGUGGUCGGUCACGAAGGGAUCCCUUCGUGUACGUCACAUGUCGGCAGCCACGCCGGAGAAGGAGUCGGUUUAGGGAUCCAUUAUGACGGUUAUGGUGCUCCGGAGUACUACGACAAUAGCCAAGUUAAUGGUCGUCCGGGCAGCCAAGGUGUCUUCUCGCCGCCGACACCGAGGUCGACAAACGAUGACGACUACGCGGCACGAUCCUCUCGCAGUGUACGGUCGAAGGCAACUGCAAGUCCCCCUCGGAGGCAUGACAGCCCUCAACCGAAGCCAACACCGAAAGCCAGGAAGGCAAAGGCAGCCAAAGGCGAGAAAGCAAAGACGCCCAAGCUGACCGCGCCCUUGAGCAUAUUGACGGAGAACCAGCACCACAUUCCUGUUAAGGACAUGGAGGCGUGGGUCAACCGAUCAGCAGAUGUCAGGCGCAAAGAAGCUGAGAAGAGAAAUGGAUACAUCACCCGGCCGAUGAACUCAUUCAUGCUGUACCGAUCAGCGUACGCAGAGCGAGCCAAAGCGUGGUGCUUGCAGAACAAUCAUCAAGUCGUGUCGUCGGUCGCAGGAGAGAGCUGGCCUUUGGAGCCACCAGAGGUUCGCGACCGUUUCAAUGAGUAUGCAAAGAUCGAACGGAUCAACCAUCAGAACGCGCAUCCAACAUACAAGUUCUCCCCCAGCAAGGCGGCCGCACCUCCACGAAAGCGCAAAGACGAGUGGUCGGACGAGGAGCCAAGUGAUCUCGAGGAUGCUGAAUGGGCUCCUGAAGGCAGACGAUCCAGGCAAGCAAAGCGGUUCCAGCGAUCAAUCAGCUACCCACCCAACCUUGGACCCCCAGAGUACAUCGGGCGGUCGUUCGGGCCCAACGCCAACGGUAUGAUGAGAUCUUCCUGGGAAAUGACAAACGAAGGACGACCGAUGCCCAUGCCGAUACACCACGACAUGUACAACCAGUACUACCAGACUGCUGUGUACCACAACGUGCACAUGGGUGCACACUACAGCGAAGACCUCCGCAUGCGUAGAGUCGGUAUGCCAGCUGCGGCACCAGAACCAGCUCUGCAGUUCUCGUCGAAUCAGCUGCUAGGUCUGCCUGGUGGUGAUGCGAGCGAUCUGAUGAACCAGCUACAGCCUCAAGUCGCAACGCCGUUUGACGAAGCCCAGGUUGACCCAUUGCUGCUGGCGUACGACGGUAGCCACCGCUCUGAGGUAGAGCCUGCUGUUCUCCAGCAAAACUAUCGCAAUGGCUACUCGAACGUGAUCGAUGAGAACUACGACCAGAAGGAGAUCAACAGGCUGCUGGAGAUUGAACACGCUCACGAUAGCUACAACUCCUCGUGGCAGUCCGAUCCAACCAUGUCUUCGCUUGACCAGGAGUCCGAGUUCGAUAAGUGGGUGGGAGAGCAUUAAUUGACCGGAUGAGAGAUGAUGUUCUCAGAUAGAUAUGAUCGCAUACGCAUGAUUGUGGCUUGCAUGACGGAUACCCAUUGUUGGUUCUCGGUUCAGCACGGCG